CAUUUGCACACUGGCUUUAGACCUGAGCACACCUACGAUGGCUACUGGUGGACCACACGUGGACAACCUGGAGGUAUUUUCAGACAUACUUAAAGUUGAAUUUGAACAAAAGAAUGAGCUUUUACAAAGAGACUUACGAGAUCUGGAAGCCAGAAAACUACUUUUUGGUGACCAGAAACGCGACUUUCAACAAAUGGUGGAUGCGUUUGAGAAAAAGAUAGCUUGCAUCAGGGAAAGUCUCCGGAAGGAAAAAGAUAAACUGGAAACAAAAACACAGGAUCUGGAGAAACGAGAACGUCACUUUGAGGAUCAACAAAAGAAACUAACGAAUCACGUUGAUGAACUAAAGACAAACUCUCAGGAAGGAAGAGAUCAUUUAGUUUCAACUCAGUUUCUCGACGAACACAGAGUAAAGAUUGAGCUGGAAGACAGGGAACAGCAGAAACAAGGACAAGAAAUUCAGGAUGAGUGGAAUAAGAUUAAAGAAACUCAAAUUGCUAAUUGUGAGUCGAACGAAAACUUCAAUGAGACAAAAGAGGAAGUCGGAGAUUUAUGGAAAGCUUUACAGGAAAGCAAAGAGAGAUCAACAGAAGAAAUUAAUAACCUGAAAAGAGAUCUGGAAAGACAGAAAUUAGAGUUUAUUGAAUUUAAGGAACAAACAGAAAGGGAGUUAACAGCAGAGAAGCAGACUCUCCGCGAUGAGAGGGAGCGUUUAAAUGCUGGGAAAAUGACUCUACAGAACCAGAUCGUUGAGUUUGAGCAGAAACAGACCGAAUCAGAGCAGAUCAGACAGAUUCUGCUCAAAGAGAAACUAGAUGUUCAACUUCUGAGAGAAAAUCUGCAGGAGGACAAAAUGGAGUUUGUGGAAACAGCAGAAGAAAUCCAGAAAGAUUUCAACAAAAGUCUAAACGAUUUGAAGGAGAAGCUGGAAUUUCUGAGUGUUGAGAAGAGAAGUCUGGAGGAAGAGAAGCAACGUUUCCUGAUGACUAAGUCAGAAUCAGAGAUGGAGCAAGGGAGGAUUUACGAAAUCCUCCAGGAAGAAUUAGACAAUUUGCAUCUGGGAAAACAAAGUCUGGAAACACAAGUGACGGACUUUAGGGAAGAAAUUGCUGCAGCAGGUAAGAUCUUAGAAGAGAAGGAAACGGCUCUAGAAGAAGGGCUGGAGGGUCUGAGACUUCAGAGAGAAACUCUGGAGGAAGAAAAGACAAAUUUCCUGUUAACAAAGUUCAGAUGGGAGGAGGAGAAUGAAGAAAUACAGGCUUACCUCCAACAAGAGCUGAAAAGAUUACGAGCUGGGCAACAGAGUCUAGACAAACAGAUGACGGACUCUGAAGAGAGAAACAUAAAUCCAGAGCCGAUCAUUCAGGACAUCCAACGGGUUCUUCAGGAAGAGAGAGACCGUUUAGUAACGCUCCGACAAAACCUGGAGGAAGAGAAGCAACGUUUCCUGAUGACUAAGUCAGAAUCAGAGAUGGAACAAGGGAGGAUUUACGAAAUCCUCCAGGAAGAAUUAGACAAUUUGCAUCUGGGAAAACAAAGUCUGGAAACACAAGUGAUGGACUUUAGGGAAGAGAUUGCUGCAGCAGGUAAGAUCUUAGAAGAGAAGGAAACGGCUCUAGAAGAAGGGCUGGAGGGUCUGAGACUUCAGAGAGAAACUCUGGAGGAAGAAAAGACAAAUUUCCUGUUAACAAAGUUCAGAUGGGAGGAGGAGAAUAAGGCAAUACAGGCAAAAGAGCUGGAAAAAUUCCAAAUUAGGCAACAAACUCUCAUCAAACAGAUGACGGACUCUGAAGAGAGAAACAUAAAUCCAGAGCCGAUCAUUCAGGGCAUUCAAUGGGUUCUUCAGGAAGAAAGAGACUGUUUAGUAAUGCUCCCACAAAACCUGGAGGAAGAGGAACUAGAGUUUAUGGAAACAAGGGAAGCAGAAAAUCAUCUUUUAAAGGAGAAACAACGAGCUAUGGAAGAAGAGGUUGAACUUUUGACUCAAGAGAAAAUUAUUUUUGAAGCGAGAAUGGACGACACUGAUAAAAAAAUUGGAAGAAUUCUCCAGCUUUUUCAAGAGGACCAGAAACAUUUAGAUCAGAUCAGGCAGGAGCUGAAAGAGCAACCACAAGCGUUGGAACUGAACGCGGCAUCUUUAAACGUGGAAGACGAGCAGCCACCUGUGGAGGACGGGUCAGACAGUCCCACAGCUGCGUCUGAAGAUCUGGGGGAACGGAGUUUAGAAAAAACAAAGACAAAUUCAGAAGAGGAGCAUAAAGAAAAGCAUGAAUGCUUCCUAGAUGAGUUCCAGUAUUUAGAAGCUGGGAAUCAGAGUUUAGAAGAACAGAAGAUGGACUCUCAAGAGAACGAAAAAGAUUCAGCCCAGAUUCUUCAGGAGGCACAAACUCUGGCUGACCAUGUCUUGGGAACUGAAUACUCGUUAGGUACCCAGUACCUUGGUACCCAGCAGGGGGUUAGAGGGCACUUGUUACUUGGUACCCAAUACAGGGGCCCUGGCUACGCAGCAUGUCCUCAUAAUGAUGAAACACAAACGAUGGAACUGAGGGAAGAAAUGCAGAAAGCAUCUUUAAACGUGGAAGACGAGCAGCCACCUGUGGAGGACGAGUCAGACAGUCCCACAGCUGCGUCUGAAGAUCUGGGGGAACGGAGUUUAGAAAAAACUGUGAGUACCCAGGUACCCAGUGACGGGUACCCAACUGUUCCCGGUCUUCAUGAUGAUAACGAUGAGCUUCCAGAGAACCCCGGGCCUGUCCAUGGGAGCGCUGAAGAAGCCUGGGAGGCUGAAGAGCCAAGGCCUUCUACAUCUGGCCUAGGAUCCAGCUGGGACCAAUCCGACUUCUACUGGAGAUGUCUUCUUCCAGAACACCAAUGAAGAUCAGAAAAGCAUAUACAAGUGAAGUAGGGAGCUUGGGAGGGGCUUAGAUGUUUUAAAACUAGGAAACAGAGAAUUUUAAUCAGGAAAAUGUAAAAUUUUCAGAGAGAAGAAACUGAAUGGGUGAGAGUAGACACUGCAAACCUGCAGGAACAGGACAUGCAGGCGGAGGAAAUAAUACGAGCAGCCAAUCUAAAUUUAGUAAAUAGUAACACACAGUAACACGAGGGAUUAAAC